CUGCAACCCCUUGCCCUCUAUCCUUCAAUAUUCAUUCCACCAUGAAUCCAGAAAGCUCAUCUACACCCACUCAACGCCUUAUUUCAAGGGCUACGCUGGUGUCUCAAGGUGCCGAAGCAGCAAUAUACAAGGGUGAACUUCAUCCUCCUCCAAUAUACCCGGUUCCUUCAGGCAAUAGAGACCAUGACUCAGAGCCUGUCUUGAUUAAAUACCGCUUCCACAAGCAGUAUCGACACCCAACGCUUGAUGCCUCAUUGACAAAGUCCAGGGUUGCUGGAGAAGCGCGUGCGAUCGGGAGAUGCUUGAGGGCUGGUGUAAACGUACCUGGCAUACGAAUGGUCGAUCUUCAAGAGGGCGUCCUCGCUAUCGAAUGGAUAAACGGGAAGAGUGUUAGAUUCUUGCUCGGUGGUGGUGCUGAGGGUGAGGAAGAAGUUGACGAAGUGCAUGGUGAUGUUGUUGAAAGCGAGGAAACCGAUGAAGCGGAAGAGGAUCCAUUGAAGGGCUACAAUAUUACGCAAGAUGAUAUCAUGCAGCUCAUCGGUACUGAAAUUGCCAAGAUGCAUGAAGCAGAUAUCAUUCAUGGAGACCUUACCACGUCGAAUAUGAUGCUACGCCCUCCAUCAGCUCCGGACAAAUCCUCCGAGCUUGUCCUUAUCGAUUUUGGCCUUGCAUAUACUUCGACCCUAGUAGAAGAUAAAGCUGUAGACCUUUACGUGUUAGAACGUGCAUUCGCUUCCACUCAUCCUGCUUCCGAACCUCUCUUUGCGUCUGUGCUCAAGGCAUAUGAGAGGCAGGCAGGGAAAGACUGGAAAGCGAUCAGUCGCAGGUUGGAUGAUGUUCGUUUGCGCGGUCGUAAGCGUAGCAUGGUCGGUUAGAUGAGACUAGCUUUGGGUCCUUAAAAGAGCAAAUGUACUAAUAUCAUACACACCAUUAUUUCUUCCAAGCUCGACAAACAGAUAAGAUGUUGACGUUUGUGUAUGCUCGCCAAAUGCUGGAUGCGCUUUUUGCAAUGUCAUGGAGAAUACAGUAGCAGAUGCACAGUCACAAGCCAACUGAAGUAUGAUCAUCUUCGCUAUUGAACCUCUAUAUUCCUCCCAGCGAAAUCCUCCUUGAGUCGCUCCUCAACAAUCUUAUCCAACUCUUUUGCUUUGAUGACCGCCACAUCCACAACUCUCAGAAUCUCAUCAGGAUCCAGCGGUACACCACCAGCUUUUUGAACGACGCAAAGUUCUCUUUGGGCAUU